AUGGAAAUGGAGGCCUGCAAGUGUAGCACACAUCCCCACCCCAACCUCUGGUCUCAGCUUUGGACAGUUCUUUGCCCCACUUCUUGGAGCUCAGAGGAAAACAGCAAUGGCAGCCACUCGUACCCUUCUCAGUGCGAGGCCUCAAACAACUGCAGGGAAAUGGACCCAGAGACUUACAUGGACAGCUAUCCAACCUCUCUGCAGAAACAUCGCCUCUGCCUGUCAGCAGCUUCUACAAACAAAGAGAAAAUACCUGAGCAACAUGAGGAGUAUAGUUGUGAGUAUGGGUCACUGUCAUAUCUGCUGCUAUGCUCCUUGGGUGGUGUCUUGAGCUGUGGUGCAACCCACACAGCUGUGGUGCCACUGGAUGUGGUGAAGUGCCGCAUGCAGGUGGAACCUCAACGCUAUCGGGGGCUUGUGCAAGGCCUUACUCUCACCGUGCAAGAGGAGGGGGCACGUGGUCUGGUCAAGGGAUGGGCCCCAACAGCCAUAGGCUAUUCCAUGCAAGGACUUGGCAAGUUUGGUCUCUAUGAGUUCUUCAAGAUAUAUUACUCUGACUUGCUGGGUCCUGAACAUGCUUAUUUGUGGCGAACCAGCAUCUACCUCGCUGCUUCUGCGAGUGCUGAAUUCUUUGCUGACAUUGCAUUGGCCCCAAUGGAAGCACUCAAGGUACGAAUUCAGACCCAGGAGGGUUAUGCCAACACACUGAGGGAGGCAGCUCCCAAAAUGUACAUUGAAGAAGGGCUAUGGGCUUUCUAUAAGGGUGUGUCUCCACUCUGGAUGCGCCAGAUUCCUUAUACUAUGAUGAAAUUUUCCUGCUUUGAACGAACUGUAGAAGCUAUCUAUAAAUAUGUUGUACCGAAGCCACGCGAUAAGUGCAGCAAGAUGGAACAACUUGGAGUUACAUUUGUUGGUGGAUAUAUUGCCGGCAUCUUCUGUGCUAUAGUUUCGCACCCAGCUGAUUCUGUGGUGUCUGUGCUCAACAAAGAAAAGGGCAGCACUGCCGUAGGUGUCCUCAAGAGAUUGGGCAUGUAUGGCAUCUGGAAAGGCCUUUUCACCCGCAUCCUGAUGAUUGGCACCCUCACUGCCCUGCAGUGGUUCAUCUAUGACUCAGUUAAGGUCUAUCUCAAGCUGCCUCGGCCGCCCCCACCUGAGAUGCCUGAUUCCUUGAAGAAGAAACUCUCCCAAAAAUAG